CAACAAGCCACCGGUGGCCGUCAUCACGCCCAAGAAACAGACGGUGAAGCUACCGACGAGUGAAACCAUACUGGACGGAUCCCAAAGCACGGACGAUGACGCCGUCGUAGCUUACCACUGGGAGGAGCUGUCGGCGCCGAUCAACCAGCAGGUGGCGCUCAUGAAGGACGAUCAGGCGACGCUGCACCUGAAGAGUCUUGCGCCGGGAUUCUACCAGUUCAAGCUGACGGUGACAGACUCGGACGAUGCGACCAACUCCACCAUCGCUAAUGUCACCGUCAUAAAGGAGACGGACUACCCUCCGACGGCAAACGCCGGCCCAGACAAGAUCGUGAAGCUACCGAGCGGCGAGAUCACGCUGUGGGGCAACGCGAGCACGGACGAUCACGGCAUCGCCAGCUACGAGUGGUCGAAGACGUCCACGACGGGAGCCGUCGACAUGCAGGGUUCGCACAAGGCGUUUCUGCAUCUGACUAACCUCGAGCUUGGUGACUACACAUUCCGACUGAAGGUGACCGACACUCUGGGCCAGUCAUCCGAAGCAGACGUGCAUGUGUUCGUGCAGCCUGAGGCUCAGGGUGGGCCGCGGGCCGACGCCGGGGUCGACAAGGAGAUAUCAGCUCCCAACGAUACUGUGAUGUUAGACGGUAGCAACAGCGAAGGUGUGACGACGUACGAGUGGACACAGUUGAAAGGUCCGGCGGGGGCGGUCAUCGUGAGUCCGGCCGAGGCACAGACGAAGGUGACGAAGCUCGCGAUAGCAGAGUACGAGUUUCAGCUGACCGUCAAGGACAGUCAGGAGAAGAGCGACUCGGCCUCCGUCCACGUCAAGGUCAAGCAAGUGGAGAAUCGUCCCCCGACUGCGGACGCUGGCCGCCCGCAGGCAAUGCGUCUGCCGGACAACCUGCUGCUGCUGAACGGCAGCAAGUCGUCGGACGACCUGGGCAUCAUCAGCUAUGAAUGGACGAAGCAGGACACGAGCCCUGCUGCCGGGGAAUUUCUCGGCAGAACGCAGCUGGAGAAGAUCGCCAUGGUUACGGGCUUCGUCCCCGGCCACUACGUCUUUCAGUUGAAGGUGACGGAUGGCCAGGGGGCGUCGGCGACGGCGGUGACCACGGUCGAAGUUCAUCCGAGCAGCCACCAGGUGGAGCUAGUGCAGAUGGAGAUCGAUGCCGAUCCAAUGACCUACACCGUAGCACAGAAGAACGAGCUGAUCAGCCAGCUGCAGCUGUUGUUGCGCACGCAGCAGGAUGACGUCAUUGUUAACAUCGAUGGUCUUGAGCGGCAGCAGAACUCAGGAAGGAUGAUAGUGCUGUUCUACGUGACGCGGCCGGUGGCGGCAGCGGUGGCGGACGGCAAGAACAAGCACCAGCCUGAGCGUGAGAUGCUCCCUGGUCCCGAGGUCGCUGCGCAGCUGCUGAAGCGACUGAAGGCGGACGCCAGCGUGCUCGGCACCCCCGUAUACUCCGUCGACACUCUCGUGUGCCAGAACAACUGCUCGCACCACGGCCACUGUGAGCAGGUGACAAAGCUGUGCAAGUGUGACCCGUUCUGGUUGCAAAACUUCUUCAAGGCGUACCUGUUUAACGAGGAGAGUAACUGUGACUGGAGCAUCCUCUACUUCAUCAUUGUUGUUUUCAUCCUGAUCGUCACGUCAUCGUGUGUUGUGUGGGCGUGUAUCUGGUGCGUCAGACGACUGAGAGGCAAGAAGUACACCAAGAAGCAGCAUCACAAAUACAAACUACUGAGUGACGAGGAAUUUAGUGCUCCUGACAUGAGAAAAGUACCAAAGACCAAGCUGGUUCCGCGGAAGCAGCAGCCGGCGCUCUUUACGGAUUCCGACUCGGACGAGGAAACGCUGUACGAGAACGCGAAGAACGGAAUCCGCAUCCACAACGUGAACGGCUUCAGUCGCCGACAGAAGAAGAUAUAGCGAUGCCUGAUGACGCGGCGCCCCCUGCCGGCCGACGUGGCGCCCUCUGUUGACUGAAGUGGCGCCGCUUGCCAAUUGACGUGACAGCGCCUGUGAUUCGUCGUCGUGGCGCCCCCUGCCGGCCGACGCGGUGGCGCCCGUGGUUCGUCGUCAUGGCUACGCGAGGAGUCGACCGACCAGCGUGCGGAGUGCAUACGGGUUCUUCUGUACUUGUGCUGCUACUGUCGCGAGACACGAAUCAGUCGUGAAUUCAAGGAUUUCUGGCGACGCCUUCACCAGAGUGUCAUGGCAUGCCAGGAUUCAGUGCCUGACUCCCGGCUGGUGGCGUCAGCGGCAGCAGUUACUCGUCCCUGAUGCGUCAUGGCGUCCGACAUUAUGGUUUAUCGAGGUGGUCGCGUCAUUGUAAAUACAAAUGUGAUACUUCCUGUUGUUUGUCCGGUCGUAAUUAUUUAGAGGGACGAAGCAGUGAGGAGGUUUUCGUUGGUACAAUUGGCUUUGCACUAUUCAGAUUAUAACUGUGAUAUAGUUCCGCACGGAGUUACACGCGCGCACUGUGGAGAGUAGCACGGAAUCUUCCGUCAAUGUUCUAUUCAUUUUUUUUCGUUUACAGUAUGUGUUUAUGCAAUAUAGCAAGGUGUGUGUGUGUGUGUGUGUGUGUGUGUUGGGUUUGUGUGGAGAAUUACGAUGUGUGUGGCAAUAGACUUAUAUCACGUGCGGCCUCGAUGAGAAUUGUAGUAGUUAUCUAUCGCACUGUUCCCUCUCAGUACGAAAUAUGGUCGGUAAUGUGUAUGCGCGUGGAAGUGAUGAGACGAAUCAAAGUGACUCGGCUGUAAUGUGUGUUUGCCUUACUAUGUCUGUGUUCAUGCAUGGUCCUGCCCAGCAUUGUUCAUGGAGCAGUGCAUGUUGUUAUGUUCGCGGGCUGCAGUUGUGUGCUUGCAUCAAUAUAUCUUUUGUUAUGCAGUGGUGCUACACCUCGGCAUCUUUCCUGCCGCACCUUCCUUAGGCCGACGCGGCUCAUCUUUCUCCGACCAACCCCCUGCUGUCCUGCCCUGCCCCUCUCUCACCACACCUUGCGGACAAAAAAUCGCUAUCCCGAGAAAGAUAGUGCACUAUGUACUGUACUUUGCUCUACUAUAACAUUACGUACAUCCUGUAUACGUAUGUGCUAAUGGCAGCCGUACAGAUCACCAGGUGGUGCUGCGUGCAUGGCUGACUGGCUGGCUGACUGGCUGGCUUGAGAGACCGUACGAGGUCAUAGGUCACCUACGUUUCUAACUGUCCAAUGCAUUUCUACGGUUUAGCCGUUGUCUAGAUUGUUACGCCGGCAUUCCUAAGCAGUCUUUACAACGCAUCUUCAGUGUGUUACGAAUUUCAGGUUAUCAGCUUCGAAUAUCGGCACUAAUAUAAGGGAAGGUUAGAGCGUGCAGAAAGGGUGCUUAUUGACGGUAGACGUAUGCAUGCGGUUAUAUAGUGAAUAGUUUUGCGAGGUUAAAUUAAAACUAUGUUUAUGUUAUGAUGAAAUAUGAAGCGGUAAGAUGCUAUAGCUCGUGUAGUAAUGCCACAGUGAGAGGGGAUGUGUAUGCGAGGUGAGGGAGGCAUAUUAAACAUUUGUUUGUAAUAUAAUCGGAAGUUUACGAUGGCA